AUUUGUGCGUCUUUAAGCAGUGCAGCAAGCAGUUUUUAUUAUUAUUAAUUUUAGGAAGAGGCUUUAUUUUAUUUACCAAUGGCGGCAUCAAUGGACUUGGAUAUCACUGCCAAUCCGCUUCCCAGCAAUGAAGAAGAUCCUUUGGCUGAGGAGCGCCUUGGGUUUGUGCGGGAAGUGGGCGCUCAGGCUGUUUGGAGCCUGUCCUCCUGCAAGCCGGGUUUCGGCGUGGAACGUCUGCGAGAUAACAUUAUGGACACCUACUGGCAGUCAGAUGGACAGCUGCCCCACUUGGUCAACAUUCAGUUUCAUAAGCGCACCAACAUAAGCCAAAUUUACAUAUACACGGACUACAAACUGGACGAAAGUUACACUCCAUCCAGGAUCUCCAUCCGUUCCGGUACCAACUUUAACGAUUUGCAGGAGCUGCAGGUAAUGGACCUCACCGAGCCCACCGGCUGGGUGCAGAUACCCAUUAAGGAUGGGAACGUCAAGUCCAUUCGCACCUUCAUGCUGCAGAUCGCUGUGAUCUCUAACCAUCAGAACGGGCGGGACACCCACAUGCGUCAAAUCCGCAUCCAUGCGCCCGUCGAGGGUAAGCAUUAUCCUCUGGAGCUGUUCGGGAAGUUUGGAACCGUUGAUUUUCAGAAGUUCGCCACAAUUCGAUAGAAAAUACACGGGCUUAUUCGAAGUCUUUUAUUUUUGUGUAUUUUCGGGGGGUAUUUAACUGCUAAAAUACAACAUUUAAAACAUUACUUUAGUAAUUGUAUGCAUAUUUUUGGUGUUUCUAAUUAAAUGCCCGUCACUUGUAUAUAUAAAUCGGUUGCAAAUAAAUAUAUAUCGUCGUCUAA